AUGACAACAAUGACGAAUACCAUUUCGAAUAAUGAAUAUUGGAAUAAUAUCUCAAACAAUCAAUCAUUUGAUUUUGAUGAUCUAUUUUCUUCAGCAUUUAAUUUUAUUUAUCACAAUGAACAUGAUAAUAAUUUAAUAUCAAUGGAAUAUGAAAAUAAAGAAAUAUUAUUAUCAGCUGAAAAUAAUCAAAACUACUCACAAAUAUUAUUAACAGAAGAAUCUCAAUUGUCGAAUCUCGAAUGUCGUGUUUGUGGUGCACCAGCUCAUGGUUAUAAUUUUGAUCAAAUUACUUGUGAAUCAUGUAAAGCAUUUUUUCGUCGUAAUGCAUUACGAUAUAUGCCGGAUUUAAAAUGUCGUUUUUCUGGUUCAUGUGAUAUUAAUAUUAAUACACGUCGUAAAUGUACGUAUUGUCGAUUAAAAAAAUGUUUUGAUAUUAAAAUGCGUAAAGAUUGGAUUCGUACUGAAAAAGAAAAACAAUUAAGACAAUUAAUUAAAUUAGUAAAAGAACAAAAGAAAACGAAUAUUUCAUCAAAUGCUUCACAAUCUCUUGUUACUCUUCCAAUAAUUCAACAAAAGAAAAAACAUUUUAUGAUAAAAAGUCAAGAACUUGUUAUUAAUCCCAUUUUUACACAAACAUUGUUCGGUUUUAAUCGUAAUCUAUCUAAUAAAGAUCAAAUUCUAUUAAAUAAUAUUACAAAUGCUUAUCAAUUAGGAGUUAAUUAUGUUGAUGAUUUUUAUUUAAAUAAAAACAUAUUAUCUUUAUCUUUAAUAGAAUUUUUUAAUGAAGAAAGUAUUAUGCAUCAAUCAUUAAUUUAUUUUUAUAAAUCUAUACCUGAAUUUAAACAAUUACAUAUAGAUGAUCAAGUUUUAUUAAUUAAAUGUAAUCUUAUUAAAAUUAUUCAUUUACAUUAUAUUCUCAUAGAAAAAUUUCAAGAAAAUCCAUUUAUUGGUAUAUAUAUGUCAAAAUGGAUAAAUGAAGAUUUUCAUUGUCAAAUGUCUCGAACACGUCGAUAUUUUGAUCGUUUUAUAGAACAUCCAUUGAUUUUAAAACUUGCACUUGUUGUUCUUUUGUUUAGUAUUAAUUUAUCUACACCACUUGGUAAUAAUCAAUUUGAUGAUUAUAUAAAUAAAGUAGAUAUAUACAAAAUUCAAGAGUUUUAUACAAUAAUACUUUGGCGUUAUUUAAAUUAUUUAUUUGGAGAACGAGAAGCAAUACAUUCAAUAGAAAUUAUAAUUACACAAAUUUUACGUUUUCAAAAAUUGAUGAAUAUAAUGGAAGAAAUUGUAAGAACAAGAACAGAUUAUAAUACAUUUAAUCAAUUGAUGCAAUCUUUGUUUCGGCUAACAUGA